AUGUCGCCCGCAGUCGCCUCUUCUUCUUCUUCUUCUUCGCGGAAGCCGCCUCUCCGCGUAGCCAUCAUCGGGGGUGGUCCCUCCGGACUCGUGACGGCCAAGACUCUCCUGGACGGGGCGAGUAGGUGGCGAGAGGAAGGCUUCGAGGUGGAAGUGAGCCUCUUUGAGCAGGAGAAGGAGGUAGGCGGGACUUUUCGGUACCGCAGCUAUGCGCACGCCUCCCUCGUCUCAUCCAAACAGCUCACGAGCUUUUCGGACUUUCGCAUGCCAUUUGCGCACAAUGACCACCUGACUUUACCAGAGUACUGCGACUACCUCUCGGCGUACGCGCAGCAUUUUCGCCUCCCGGAACGAUGUAAACGUUGGGCGCUUGGUACGCGGGUGGUGCAGGUGCGCAGGGCGAGGGAGGAGGAGGAUGGGAAUCACGUUGUGACCUGGCAGGGCGGCGAGGUGGAGAGCGCACAUUUCGAUGCUUUGGCGCUCUGCACGGGUCUGCACGUCGAGCCUAGCGUGCCGGAGAUUCCUGGGCUCCCCCACGUCAGUACGGCGGGCGCGAAGGGGAGCAAGCGGGGUGAGAAGGAGCAGGAGUACACGCCACCGAACCUCACGCCGGAUCAAGCACGUAUCACGACCCUGCACAGCGCCACGUUCAAGGAUCCGGCCAUCUUCACGGGCAAGCGCGUGCUCAUCAUGGGGACAGGGGAGACGGGAAUGGACCUCUCCUACCUAGCAGUCAAAGCUCGCGCCUCCUCAAUCGUCCUCUGCACUCGCGGCGGGUUCCUCUCCUUCCCCGCGGUCCUCUCCGACUUCACCGUCCUCGGCCAACGCUUCGAGGGAAAGCUACCCAUCGACGGUCUCAUCUCCAACCUCUGCGAGACGGCCUACGUCCACCCCUGGAUCGGGGCUUCACGCCUACGCUGGUUCGUGAGCGAUUUCGGGCUGCGCAACGUAGUCCUCCCAGCCUUGACGGGUACGAAAGCUGGUUGUUCCCAGUGGGUCGGGGAGCUCCCGCCGGAGAAGCAGGGGAGGGCGUACGUGUUUCUCAACAAGAGCGCAAAGGCUAUGCCGUACAUCAAUCGGCCUUACAAGAAGAGAUCCAGGUGGGCAGAGCGAUUCGCCGAGUAUCUCAACCCGCCCGACUACACAGAGGAGGAAGUCGGGAUCGAUCUUGCCCCCUUUCCCUCGCAUGUCACGCCAGAGGGGGAGGUGGUGUUCACGCGCAACGGCAGGAAGGAAGAUCUGCGCAUGCGCGAGAAGCUCCGCGAAGAGCCCUUCAAGCCAGACGUGGCCGUCUAUGCUACCGGGUACUCUCAGUCAUUUCCCUUUCUUACCGACGACUAUCCACUGCCCCGCGAGGCCGACGUGCGAGGCGUGUGGAAGCGGGACGAUCCGAGCGUAGCCUUCAUCGGUUUCACCCGACCGGGCGUGGGGGCCAUCCCUCCUCAAGCGGAGAUGUGCGCUCAGCUCUGGUCGCUGGUCCUCGCUGGGAAGCUGAGCCCGCCGAGGGGGAAAGGGCAUUACAAUCUCCUCCAACCGGCCGAGGCCCGCAUUACGUACGGGGUGGACUAUUCGGCUUACGUCUCUCAGUUGGCGAGGGAUAUGCACAGCGAUCCGGGACUGUGGGAGCUGUGGCGCGAUUAUGGAGUCAAGACGAUGCUGUGCUACGCGUUGGGGGCCGCUUUCACGGUCUUCUAUCGAUUGGAGGGGCCGUGGAAGGACGCGCGAGUCAAGGAGACGGUGGAGCGCGAGCUGUGGGAUACGAUUGUGAGGCGUGGAGUGGGUGGAAACUUGAUGAUGGGCGUGAUCCCGAUGAUCUUCUACGGCUGGCUCAACGCCCUCGCCUGGCUUCUCGAGCAGGUCCUCCACCUCGCCCUCCUCCCUGCCCGCGUGCUCGGCGUGGUAGAGAAGGAGAGCGCCCCUCCUGCCGCCCUCGUAGACGUGCGCAAGCGUCGUUGA